CCGCCGGGCGCGGGGAUGAGGUGACCGCCGCCAUGGCGAGCGACACGGGCAGGAAGCAGUUCUGGAAGCGGAGCGGCGCCAAGGUGCCGGGCAGUAUCCAACAUGUGUAUGGAGCUCAACAUCCACCUUUUGAUCCAUUAUUACAUGGAAGCUUGAUAAAAACAAGUUCAAAACCACCUACUACUCCAGUGAAACUAAAGAAAGUCAGCACCUUCCAAGAAUUUGAAAGUAAUACAAGUGAUGCUUGGGAUCUUGGGGAUGAUGAUGAUGAACUCUUAGCAAUAGCUGCUGAAAACUUAAAUACUGAAGUGGUCAUGGAAACAGCUCACAAAGUAAUUCAGAAUCACAGCAAAUUACAAGAACAGCAUAAGUUGCAGGAGGAACAGCUACAGGAAGAAAAACAAGUAGAAUCUUCAGAAGUGUCUUCAGUUGCCUAUGUUGAUAACAGGCUUGUUAAAUCAGUCAGUGAAGGCCAUACAUCAAGUUCAUCAGAUAACGCUAGUGAAAAUUCUUCCAUGCAGAGAUCACAGUCCCUUCCACAAACUUCCACACCUCCCUUGGCAAGUGGAGUGGAUCACAGCACCUCAGUUACUUCUGCAUUAACUGAAAGAGAAGCAUCCCGAUUAGACAAAUUUAAGCAGCUACUGGCUGGCCCUAACACAAAUCUUGAAGAAUUACGGAAACUGAGUUGGUCUGGAAUUCCUAAACAAGUUCGUCCGAUUGCGUGGAAGCUUCUUUCGGGUUAUCUUCCUGCAAAUGUAGACCGAAGAGAAAGCACUUUACAAAGGAAACGGAAAGAAUAUUUUGCAUUUGUUGAACAGUACUAUGAUUCCAGAAAUGAUGAAAGUCACCAGGAUACUUAUAGACAGAUUCAUAUAGAUAUCCCACGCAUGAGUCCUGAAGUUUUAAGACUUCAGCCCAAAGUAACAGAGAUCUUUGAACGCAUUUUGUUUAUCUGGGCUAUACGUCAUCCAGCCAGCGGAUAUGUUCAGGGCAUAAAUGAUCUUGUUACUCCUUUUUUUGUAGUCUUCGUUUGUGAAUAUAUGGAAGACGAUGAAGUGGAAAAUUUUGAUGUUUCCAGUCUGCCUGAAGAAGUGCUGCAGAACAUAGAAGCUGACAGUUAUUGGUGCAUGAGCAAGUUGCUUGAUGGCAUUCAGGAUAAUUACACAUUUGCUCAGCCAGGAAUUCAAAAGAAAGUGAAAAUGUUGGAAGAACUUGUUAGACGGAUUGAUGAACAAGUUCAUAGACACUUGGAUCAGCAUGAGGUGAAAUACUUGCAAUUUGCUUUCCGUUGGAUGAAUAACUUACUGAUGAGAGAGGUCCCUUUACGGUGUACCAUCAGGCUGUGGGACACAUACCAAGUAAUUGCUUGAUAUUUUU